AUGGGGGGUGGGGGGAGGUUUCCAGGAACUGCUCCGAGCUCCGGGCUUCUCAAAACAUUACUUCAAGGCUACGGAGAUCGAUCCCUGCAAAGGCAACGAUCGACUCGUGGAGUCACGAGAAGAAAGGGGGAGGGAUCGACUCAGACUCAGACACGCAAAUCCCAGACGGCGCGAAGUUUUCUCUCG